AUGACUUGGGCUGCAUGGGCACCUGCGGUGCUAUACCUCCAGGAUGCACUUGAUGUGGUGCAAGAGAAUGCAGAGAAACGUGGAGGGUGCCAGAAGGCUGCUAUGGUGGGCGCAUGCUAUUUGGCACGAACUGCAGAUAUGAAUGCAUGCCGAGUUGCGAGGGUUGCUCUGGCUGUUGUGACAAAGUUGAUGAUGGCUGGUGAUGUGGAGGAUGUGUCAGAAGAUGACUGGGAAGACGACGACGAGGGAUUAUGGAAGGGCUUUGCAAUGUCUGCUCUAGAUGGUUUAGGCAUAGAUGUGGUUGAUGUUGCAGCUGUUGAGGAUAGUGCACUGGGGUUGAAGGGUGUUGAUGAUAGGGAAGGUAAAGACUUUACGACUUCAGUUUUUACAGCAGGAAUGGCAGUUGGUGAUGAAGAUAAUGGGGCCAAAGCAUCAUCUAUUGAUCCAAAUGCAACAGAUGCUAAGAGCAACAGUUAG